CUAACCUCCCAAUCUCCCCUCCCAUGCACAACCCCCAUUUCUAAUGCAUCCCAAUGGCUUCUAUGUCCUUUGCCCCUAGGCCUCUAGAAACCCCGACCAAGAACAGAUCAAACGCCUUGGUAGGAUGGCCUUGUGGGGAGCUUUAUCUCCUCACCUUCUACUCCUCGGCCUCAUGUGCAUCCUCCUCUACCCCAACGUUGGCAUUCGCCUCGGCUCUGUCCGUCGUCCCUCCCCGGACGUCCCCGUCUUUCGGGAAGCCCCGGCCUUUCGGAACGGUGACCAAUGCAGCUCGGGAAAUAACACUGACGAUAUCCAUGUGGCCAUGACCCUCGACGCCAAUUACAUCCGGGGCACGAUGGCUGCUGUCUUCUCUUUGUUGCAACAUUCUACCUGCCCUGAAAACCUCAAGUUCCACUUUCUAUCUGCCCUUGUUGAGCCGGAGCUAUUUUCGAGAAUCAACUCCACGUUUCCUUACUUGGACUUCAAGACUUACCCCUUUGAUUCAAACAGAGUUCGUGGGAAGAUAUCAAGGUCCAUAAGACGAGCAUUGGAUCAACCUAUAAAUUAUGCGAGAAUUUACCUCGCUGAUCUUCUUCCAAGUGAUAUUAGACGUGUUAUUUACUUGGAUUCAGACCUCGUUGUGGUCGACGACAUUGCGAAGCUGUGGGGGGUGGACAUGGAAGACAAGGUGGUGGCUGCCCCAGAAUAUUGUCAAGCAAAUUUCACACAAUACUUCACAGAUGCAUUAUGGUCCGACCCGGAUUUGUCAAAGACGUUCCGAGGAAGAAACCCAUGUUAUUUCAACACAGGAGUGAUGGUGGUGGAUGUGGAUAAAUGGAGAAAAGGAGGGUAUACACAGAAAGUAGAGGAGUGGAUGGCCCUGCAAAAGAGAAAGAGGCUAUACCAUUUGGGGUCUUUGCCGCCAUUUUUGCUGGUUUUGGCUGGGAACAUCAAGGCUGUGGAUCACAGGUGGAACCAACAUGGGCUUGGUGGUGACAACUUUGAAGGAAAGUGUAGGCGCCUCCACCCAGGUCCCAAUAGUCUUCUUCAUUGGAGCGGAAAGGGUAAGCCAUGGUUGCGGUUGGAUUCUAGGAGAACAUGUACUGUCGAUCAUCUUUGGGCGCCAUACGAUCUCUACCAGUCUUCGAGAAGCUUUCUGGAAGAAUAGAAGAGACAGUGACUUGUGACAAACGAAAGAAAGAGAGCUUCCAAGCCGGAGGAAGAAAUGUUGACAGAUUCAACUAUUCCACACAACACACACCUUGGCUUGGCAUUUCGGAUAUGGUCAGAGAGGUGUGGAAGUGGCUGCUCCCCGCUCAAAGAAUGAUGCUGCUUUGAAUUGUAAAUUAUGAUAAAACACACAACCAAGAGUAGGACGUCCAUGUUGUAAAUGUUCCACAUGUAAUUGUGUCUUACCCUAACCGACGAAGCAAUUCUUGAAUAUAUUGAGUAUAUAGGUCCUUUUCACCAAGGAUCCUUUGUUUUGGCUA